AUGGCACCCUACAACACAUACGUCGCCUACAAGCGAGACACCAGGCAUCUUGUCUACUGGAUGAUUCGCGCGUCAAACUCGGUCAUCAAAAGUCUUCCCCCCGAAGAUGACUCAUCUCCUUCGUCCCCCUCAGUCACCUUGAAUACUUCGGGCCAGACCACGGUGGCCGGCUUUUUGGCCAUGACGGAGCUCGUGGCCGAGCACCUGAGGCCCAUCCCGACAGCAAUUCUGCAGCUCCUUCAGUCCGUUAUUGCGGCGAGAUCGGCCCAUCACGCCGGGUAUCAACAACUUGCGGCCGCGAAUCCCGAUGCCCAGAUGGAAAAGAGCAACGCGUCUCACAAGUACUUCGUCGAUGCCCUCAUGAGAGCUUUCAGUGUGCUUGGUGGGGAUGCUUGGACCAAAGACCAAGAGCCAGACGCUGAACUCGAUGAUGGCAAGAUCGAGGAAAUCGUGUUCUCGAACAAAUUCUCGGCUCUCGAAGUAGAGGCGGACGAAGGUGAAGACUCUUCUGACGGGGAUGAAAGCGUCCCUUUCACUGUGCCGAGGGGCCAGAGACGUAACCAGAGGGGGUCUGGCAAAGGCAAAAAAGGCAAGAAGGCCAAGAAGACCAAGACAAGGAAGGGCCAGAAGCCGGCCCAGGCAAGGCAUUCCGACUUGGACGCCGUGCCCCUGGAGAGCUACCGCAUCAUCGAGGCCGAACACGGUAUCAUGACCGACUAUCUCAUGGCCGUCUGCUCCAUCGCCCAUGAUUGGGCCGACUUACGAAACUACCUCCAGUCCAUCUGGAAAGACGUCGCCUACCAGGGCCUCAACAGCGCUGUUGCCGGAACGUUGUCCAAUUUGGCCAUCGAAAUGGUCAAACAAACGGAGCUGGAUAUCUUUGUCGAAUUCCCGGGCCACGAAUCAUACGAGACCCUGUUGCAGACCAUCGGCAAAGGAGACAUCGACAAGGUACAGAGCUGCCUCGUGGCAUCUGUGGAAGUCCGGUCGCCCGACGCGGAGUCCAGAACAGUCAGGGAGGCCAUCGUCGACCUCAAGGAACAUGUUCUGUUCUACGGCUACAGCGACCUCGUCGACUUCGUCGAAGACUUCCAGAAAAACAGAACCGGAAAGCCGACAAAAGCCAUGCUGGCCGAGAUCGGCAACUGGAAUCCGGAAUUCGACCUGCAAAGAGCGACCCGCGAGCAGAGGCUGCAGUGGCGCCGCUCUUACACCAUCAACUGGCUUUACGACCUAGUCAACGUCUACUCGAGCGUCGCAAUCCAACAAAUGCGCUCGAGAGGAAAGCCUUAUGCUCUGGAAGACGUCGACUGGUCAGCCCACGGCCCUUGGGCGCAACAUCGCGUCAUUUUCGGCCUCAACGACUUCGCCGCUGUCAUCACUACACUCGCCAUGCAAAAGCCCGGUAAAGACGCCCGCAAGAAAAUCCUGCCUCACCACGUCUUCCAGCUCCAGCUGAUCAUCGACGCGUUCACCAUUUCGCGGGGCUGGUCUUUCAACCUGUUGGAGGGUCAUGUGUUGGAGGCCCCGGCGGGCGACUUUCGCCCGAGAAGAGACGUCGACAGGUUCCUGGAUCGUCAGGAGGAGCAUCAAUGCGGGUGCAUGAUAUCCAUGAGAAGUAUCCAGAGGCGACUCGUGGCGGACAGCGGGCCGAUGCUGAGCGGAGACUUUUCGCGAACGCUGUUGUGUUACGACAUUCUCGACAAGCUCCGGGCGGACUUCACCGACUGGCUGGGCGAGAGCAAGUACAAGGACGGACUGGAAUCCGUUCCUCCUUCCCGGUUCUCGAAGUCGAAUCCCAACGGUCUGUGGGAGUACUCGCCUUUUCUUUGCGGCGUCGGUCUCGUGGAGGGUCUCGACCUGAGUUAUCGCGCGGCCAUGACUGUUUGGGAUGCCAUAUGCGAGCCGACUUUGCUCGUUCAUCUGCAUAACAUGCUCGUGCAGAAGGGCCACCUCGCCGGACCGGUUGGUGUAUAUGCUUGUCUGGAGGAAUUGCUGGCCGAAGAUUUCUUCGAAAACGGCAUCAUUCCAAAGUCAAACUUUCACGCUGCUCUCGCUGCAAGGAUGAGGAACGCAAAGUCCAACCCUCGCAAGGCCCAUUCUAGGCCAUCAGCCCUGCCCCAGCAGGAUCUCGACCUUCAGACACUGCUGGACUUGCAUGCCAACAAAAACUUCAGAAUGAAGUCGAAUUUGCUGCUGUACCGGGAGGCCGGCUGGAACGUAGACCGGAUCCCCGACUCCGACAUCGAGCCGCGCACCAUGUUUGGCUGGGCGCGCAUCAGCCAGACCAAGCGUGUCAUCGAUCUGGCGACGGGACAGCAACGGUUCGAGGACACGGAACUCAUCCGCCGAGCCAGAGCCAAGGGUGUCCGGGAGGAGCACAUCAUCCGCGAGACGGAGCGGCUGACGCAGAAGAGGAAGGAAAUGGACGAAAAAAGGCUUGCAAGAACCCGAUCGUCACCCUACCGUGGAAAAGAACACCACCUCUCCGACGCCGAGUUCAACAAGAACCGUCAGCGUCCCGUCGGUCCCGGGCUCCAUCCCACGGGCCGCCAGCUGCUGGAGUACGUCAAGACCGACCUCCACGGCGACGUGUGCGGCGACUACCCCGUGUCCGCCGUCAACUAUCUGACCGUCACCAUGUUGCUCAGUGAGCUUUUUGAGGAUCUGGAGGGGGAGCUGAGUCGCCUACGAAAUCCGCUGUAUGUGCGUGCGUAUGAGACGACGGGCCGAGCGACUACUACCGCGCAGAAGAGACUGGAACUCGUCGUGUCGGCGAUGCGCGAGGAAGAUGAUGAGUGUAUGCGGGUGAUGGCGGAGCAGUUCCUCAAACACGGAUACAAUCUCAUAGCCUUCAUUUAUUGGGACCGUCUGGUGCCUUUGGAGGAGAUGCGGGCCAAGGCGAGUACGGAUAGGGGCGCGGUUGACUAUCUCGAUUGCGCUGUGAUGUGA